CCUACGUGAUUUCGCGGGGCAAAAUUCUUAUUAUGAGCGCGGUUUAGCUCUGGCCGUCAACAACCCCGCGAUUUAUUCUGAUAUGACUCGCAGGUCACGUUGGCUAAUUCUAUUAUGUUGCAUUCUGAUUUACGACCGAGAAUGCAAGGGGAAGUGGGGCGGGGCCUGCCUGGAGAGGACGAUAAGAAAGGCAAUGGGAAGGUUGACAACUCCGCUAUGAUUGAUCGCACUUUCACGGUGAAAUAUUACCCACUGAAACUCUCAUAAACACCGAAUAGUCACCAAACUUCGCAAAGGCACGGACAGUUGCACAGCUCCACCUCCUACCUCAGGGCCAUGGUCUACAUUCCUAAGUCGACCUUUGUGGUAGAUGUCCGAUUGAUCAACACAACGACAGAUGUCACCGUAAAAUCAGGUGACCUACUGCAGCCAGAACUGAAAGGACAAGACACCCUCUAUCUCCCCACUUUUGCCUUCUUGAUCCGUCACCGGGCCUCUGGCCGUUCUGUUCUAUUCGACUGCGGAUCCCGCAAGGACUGGAAGAACUUGCCUCCAGCUAUCGUCCCCUCUGUAGCAACUUCCGGGGUCCACAUAGAAAAGAGCGUUGACGAGAUCCUCCUAGAAGGAGGCCAAGACUUAAAUGAGCUCAGCUCGAUUAUCUGGAGCCACUGGCACUGGGAUCACAUUGGUGAUGCAAGCCGUUUUCCUAAAACCACUGAGCUCGUGGUAGGACCAAACUUCAAAGAGAAUUUCAUGCCGGGAUACCCUACAAAAGAGGAUGCACUGUUGCUAGACUCUGAUUUCGAAGGGCGCAAUGUACGGGAAAUAAAAUUCUCCGACGAUCUCCAAAUUGGAGGCUUCCCAGCCCAUGACUUCUUUGGGGAUGGAAGUCUGUAUCUGCUCGAUGCCCCGGGUCACGCGGUUGGUCACAUCGCCAGCCUCGCUCGCACCACGUUCAAUACAUUCGUCUUGUUAGGCGGCGACUCAUGUCACUUCCCUGGUGUAUUCAGACCUUCGGCACAUCUUACGCUCCCCUCGACAAUUCCAUCUACUGUUCGGAUGGACGCUCGGUUCCCACGCCCCUGCCCUAGCUCCUGCUUUACCAGCAUUCAUCCAGUGCAAGACCAGGCCUCCUCCACGCCCUUCUACAAUUUGCCACAGGCCAAGGGGGGGUGGUAUGCCGAUCCGCCCCGCGCACAGGAGAGCGUCACGAGCCUCUCGGAGUUAGACGGGGACGAUAAUAUAUUAGUCUUGAUAGCACACGAUAUGGCGAUGUUAGAAAUUAAGGAGCUGUUCCCGAGGCAUAAUAUCAAUGCCUGGAAAGAGAAGGGCUGGAAGGAGAGAUUUGCAUGGAGUUUUUUGAAUGAAUUGCCCAAUGACGCUGGGAAGGCGAGGAGGGAGUUUGAAGAUGCGGAAAGGUUGGAUAUCAAGAGUCCAGAUAACGAGGAUUGGAGAUCGAGGUAGUGCAUGACAAUUUAAUUUUGUAUAUUAAGUGAAGGACGAAGGGACUAUCGAAGGCAAACCACAAAUCGAAAUUAAAUGAAG